UACAUAUAUAUAUUAUUGUAUAUAGCCAAUUUUUCGGGACAGUUCGGUACGGUUCUCACUCAAAAAUCGGUAUGCUAUCAUAUUAUUUAAAAACUUCUGUAUAGUACAGUACAAUAUUAUCAAGAAUAGGAGUAUAUUUUUCCGUUUUCUUUCGGUUCUGGGGUUUGAGACAGUUGUAGUACUAGAAGAAAAAUCCGAGAUCCGGCUGUGGUUGGGAGGAUGCCGUCGACAGAAACCGAUCUCGAUCUCCGACGUUCAUCUCUGCAGCCAAGCAAUCUUGGCGGUGCUAUCAGUAACGAGUACAGUUUUGCUGACGUUAAUAACCUGGAGCACUGUGCUAAGUACCUCAACCAAACACUCGUGACAUUUGGAUUCCCUGCCUCGCUUGAUCUCUUUGCCAAUGACCCAAUUUCAAUCGCAAGGACGUGCAAUUGCGUAUAUGCUUUGUUGCAGCAGAGACAAAGGGAUAUAUCAUUUAGGGAGUCUGCAAAUGAGCAGCGACAGAGACUUUUGUCAGACAUAUCCAGAUUAGAGUCCAAAGGGGAGAGGCUGGACUUAGAGUUACAAGGCAAAGAUAGAGAGAUUGCAACACUUACUAGAGAGAAUAGUAAAGCUGUUGCAGCAUUGAAGGCCCAUAUUGAGAAGCUGCAGAAGGAAAGAGAUGAAUUUCAAAAAAUGGUUCUUGGUAAUCAGCAAGUAAGAACUCAACAGGUAUAUGAGAUGAAGAAAAGGGAAAAGGAGUACAUGAAGUUGCAGGAGAGGUUAAAUCAAGUGGUGAUGGAGAAAAAAAAGGAAUCUAGAUCAGGCAUGGAAAUAAUGAACUUACUUCAGAAAGAAGGACGGCAGAGGGGCACAUGGAAUGCAAAGAAGGCUGAUAAUGACUUCUAUAAGAAGAUUGUGGAUGCUUACGAAGUGAAAAAUCAAGAACUAGCAUCAGAAAAUGCUGAUUUGAGGGCAUUGCUACGCUCAAUGCAGGCAGACAUGCGUGGGUUCCUGAAUGCUCCAAAUGGUGCUUCUAAACAGUCUGCAGUAAAUGAAAGGCUAGAAUCAGAUGUCUCUCAAUCUCCCUUGGGUGGCAGAACAGACGUGUUUGAUUUGCCUCUGCACAUGGCUAGAGAUCAAAUUGAAGAAAGUCUCCGUACAAAGAUGGCAUCAAUCAGGGAGCGUAUGCUUCAGCUCCAAGAUGAUAAAAAAGGAGCAGAACUAACUGCUGAAGUGACAGAAAGAGAACUUGAGUUGGAAGCACAACUUGUUGAGGCUAGGAGCAUUAUCCAAGAACAGGUACAUAUGACGGCAUCAAUAAUGUCUAAGCAUCUUGCGAAUUCUGAGAGGCCAAGGAGGUUAAGUGGGCAUUUCAAUUCGGAGAGGGAAUUAAUUGUUUCUUCACCAUCUGAGUGCUAGACAGGCGGGCGCAUGGGCAGGCUGGGGAGAGAAGUGAAGUGUGAUGGGGAUGUCAAAAGCUCAAAAUAUCUCUCUUGAUAGCUGGUAUGAUGACGACUCACUCAUACGGCUGACAGGCGGGCGCAUGGGCAGGCAUACUCGAAAAAAUGAGCAUGAGGCAUUUUGUUGUUGCUUCUUUUUUUUUGUGCGCACGAGAGAUCAGUUGCUCACUCAACAAUUAGUUGAAAAUACUUACCAGCUAGCUAAUUUCAUUUCUAACUGUGUUACUGAAGAUGAAAUUACUCAUCACCUACUCCCUCCAUAUUUAAUUACUUUCAACAUUUUCCUUUUUCAGAAAUAUUUUACGUAGUAUCACAUUAAGCACUUUCCUAUUUUGUUAUGUUUUUCCAUCUACAUAUUGAUAAAUACUGCCGUCUAUUUAUAACCUCUGCUCAUUUUUUUUAUUAAAUUCUUUCCCUGG